CCGGGAAGACGAGCGGCAGCGAUUUUACCUCAGAUGCUGAAAUCUGUACUGCUUUCAAAGAAAGAAGAUAUGUUUUCAGCAUUCAAAUAUUGUGCAAUAGAUUAUUUAUAUGAGAAUGUAGUUAGAAAGAAGUUUUGCAGAGAUGCUUUAUUGCUUCGAAUCCCUUCAUGUUUAUAUCAAGAUGAAAACGAUCAUAUAGGAGUUACUGAUAAUAACUUUAGGAGGCCUUGGACAAGAGUCUCAGCUGUUUCCAUUUGGGGAAUGACAGACACCUCAGUCUUGGAUCAGUGGAAAGCAAGUCUCUUUGUGGAAGAUUUCCUUGAGAAAAGAACAACUACAGGAACAGUGACCCAGAUUAAUUGUGAAUUUGAGGAAGUCGUUCCAAGUUCAAAUCCAAACUCCCAAACUGAAGUAGAGGAAGCUAAUUUAUAUACCCACAAGGACUACAGUGAAGUGUUUACAGUUGUCAGCUGUUCAGAGCAAUGGCCAGCACUACAGGCACAGGACCAAGAUUUAUAUAUUGAUGAUGAAGAAAUAAUGUUUGUAGAUAAUUUGAUGUCCUAUAAAAAUCACCUGCCAACUUUGAAUACUCUCUUGAGUAGACUAAAACUAUUUCCAGUAAAGGAUCCUCUUUUAGAUUUCAAAGAACAGAUCUUCACAGAAGCUAAUUUUUUCAGGGAAUCUUUCUCUUUUCAAGAAGAUUUGGGCGUAUUUGUGAAAGAAGAUUUUUGUAUGGAUGAAGAGAACUUUUGUAAGGAGGAACUGGAAGAUAUAGUAGAUUUAAAUGAGCCUUCAAGUUUUACUAUUGAGUGUGACUCCUUAAUAUCUACAAGCCUCGAACAAGAAAUUGAGAUUCCAUCACCCUCAGAAAAAGAGUCAUUAAACUUAAUGCCAGUAAUAACAAAUUAUGUAGAUGAAAAUGAAAACCUUUUCAAAAGAGAUCUUACUACCAAGCACGGAAUUGAUAUUGAGGAUAUAAAAGUCAGCUCCACAGAGAUUUUGACCACUCAAAGCCAGGGUGAACCAGAAUGCAAUGAACCAGGUGAGUUGGAAUUGCCACUAUCUCAGCUACAGCUAACAAGCUACCGUUCUUCAGUUAAUUCAUUGAGUACAGGACUUCAAACACUACCAUUUUCUCCAGUUUGUAAAAUUACUUUGCUUACUGUUGAAGAAUCAGCUAAUAAAUACCAUAUGGUGUGGCAAUUAGAAAAUGGUGGAAGCCCUUUCAACCAACUUUUGCUUACAGUACCAAGAAUUCGAAAGCCCAACAAUCAAUAUUCAGUUACAGAUUUGAAAAAGGUAUUUUCUAUUGAAGAAAGCCAUAUGGUUAAUCCCAUAAAGGCAGAGUGGUGGAAACAAGCAGGACUAAAUCCAAAAAUGACAGAAACUUUGAACUGUCUGAAUACUUAUUUAUGUCAUGAUGAUCUGUCUUCUAAUGACACUAAAAUGGAGAUAUAUUUGCCUCCAAAAGUGCUUCCAUUGGAAUCAUGGCAAGAGCUUAAGAGUUAUUCUUCAUCUAUUGUACUUAUUGAUGAGAAACCUACAAAUGGUCAUUUACUACUUCCACAAAAAUGUCUAUCUCUGGCAAAACAAGUACCAGAGCUGUGUUUUUCUGAUGAAUAUAUCUCUGUUAAAAGACCAACAAAAGAAGAAAAACCAAAGAAUGACCAAGAGCUUGUAAAGAGAAUAAUCCAAAAGAAAGAAAAUAAAGAUGACUAUGAACUUGACUGCACAGUACCAUCUAUUGAAUCAUCAUCAUCUUCAAGAAUUAAGAAAGCAUCUUGUGAACAUGGUAAAAAAUGGGAGAAUGAUUUGGACCUUUUGAGUGAUUUUAUCAUGCUGCGAAAUAAAUAUAAGACUUGCACUUCAAAGACUGAAGUCACAGGCAGUAAUGAAAAAGAUGGUAAAGAAGAAUGUUCUUUGACUCUUCAAGAAGAGAAUCCUAUUGUUUGUUCUAAUAGAACCCCAGAAAAAAUACAUCAGGAAGGGGGAACAGAUGUCAUAGACAUUCAAGCAUCAGAUAGCCAGUGCCAAGCAUAUUGCCUCCUAGAAGCAGCAGCUGCUCCUAUCUUAAAAAAACUUGUAUGCCUCUGUACUCUCGCUGCUGCUAACUGGAAAUUUUCCACUAUUAUUUUUGACCAAACAAGGUUUCUCUUAAAGGAACAAGAAAAAGCAGUAAGUGAUGCUGUUCUUCAAGGUACAAAUGAUGACAGAAAAAUGGCAUUCAAGCAUGCUGCUCUCUUACACCUUCUGGUAACAGUUAGAGAUGUCCUUUUAACCUGCAGCUUGGACACAGCAUUGGGAUAUUUGUCAAAUGCAAAAGAUAUCUACAGAAGCAUUUUAGGCUCCUAUUUGGAUGACGUUUGGAGGCAACUGGAAAUUGUACAGUUUAUUAGGGAAAAAAAGCCGGAAACCAACUACAAGAUACAAGAAUUGCAAUGUCAGAUACUAAGUUGGAUGCAAAGUCAAGAGCAUAUUAAGGCGCUGAUUAUAAUAAGAAUGGACUCAGAUGUUGAAAAACAUUUACUCAUUAAAACCCUUAACAAAAUGGAAGGUGUAACAUUGACUGUACUUCAUUCAAAUCAAAGAAAAGAUUUUCUGGAAUGUAAAGGUGUUUUAAAAGGUACAAUUUCCUGUGUAGUUGUACAUAACCAAUAUAUUGGAGCAGAUUUCCCCUGGAGUAAUUUCUCAUUUGUGGUGGAAUACAAUUAUGUGGAAAACUCUUGUUGGACUCAGCACUGCAAAGAGUUGAAUAUCCCUUACAUGGCCUUUAAAGUGAUUCUUCCAGACACAGUUUUAAAGAGAACCACCUUGCUGGAUAGAUUUGGUGGUUUUCUUUUGGAAAUCCAGAUUCCAUAUGUGUUUUUUUCAUCUGAAGGACUUCUUAACAUUCCAAGCAUACUUCAGCUGCUAGAAUCCAACUAUAGUAUCACACUAGUGGAGAGAUGCUACAGUGAGUCAUUGAAACUCUUUGGAAGUACAGAGCAUUAUGUAGUGGUGACAAUUGAUGAACACACUGCCAUAAUUUUACAGGACCUAGAAGAAUUGAAUUGUGAGAAAGCAUCAGACAAUAUCAUUAUGAGACUGAUGGCAUUAUCAUUCCAGUACAGCUAUUGUUGGAUAAUUUUAUAUACCAAAGGAGCAUUAAAUUCAGAGUACCAACUUACACAAAAGGCACUUCAUCACCUAGCGCUGAUUUAUGCAGCUUUGGUUUCAUCUGGACUAAAGUCUGAAAAGCUGAAUGUGAAGCUUAUAAUUGCCCCAGGAGUAGAAGAGACUGCAUUGAUAAUUCGACAAAUUGCUGACCACAAUUUAAUGACCUCAAAGAGAGAGCCUCGGGAAUGGUUGGAUAAAUCCUGGCUUGAAGUUUCACCAUCCAAGGAAGAAAUGUACUUACUUGAUUUUCCGUGUAUUAACCCAUUGGUGGCUCAGCUCAUGUUAAAUAAAGGACCUUCACUGCGUUGGAUAUUAUUAGCAACUCUGUGUCAACUUCAGAAUCUCUUACCUGAAGUUCCAGAAAAAGUGUUAGAGCACUUUUGUAGCAUCACUUCCUUAUUCAAGAUUAGUUCUCCUAUAACAAAAUCACCUCAAAUUUCAUCACUCUGGGAAAAUAGGAAUCAGACUAGUACCUUGUCUUCUCAGAGUUCAGCUUCUGCUUCUUCAGAUUCUGUUAUUCAAAAACACAAUGAAUAUUACAAAUAUUCAGAAUUAGGAGAGACAAUGGAGGAAGAUACAGACACCACUUCAAAUUAUAACUCUUCCUUUAUUGAACUAAAAGAAAUACCAUGCAUUUUACCAUCUGUGACUUCAUACAAUCAGACCAGCUACCGGAAAGACCCCAUUUGUAAUCCUAAUAAAAUGCAGCAUAGUCCUUUUCUAAUUAAUAUGGAACCAAGGAAAGCAGCUUGUAACUUCUUAAAUCAGAGUGAUUCAGAGUCAGAUGUCUUUUCUUUGGGUCUAACACAAAAGAAAUGUGAAACUAUAAUAUCACCAGUUGACACUCAGAAGAGAGUAUCAGUUGUCCCUAAUUUUAUAAAUUGUCAGCAAAAGGGAACACACAAAGCAAAAGGAUUCAUAAAUAAAGAAGUAUCUGCCCCUAUCUCUUCACUAGAGGGCUCUCAAUCUCCUCUUCGUUGGAAUUUUAUGAAAAAUGUGUGGGAACCAGAGAAUCACUCAUUCAACUUGCAGUAUGGUGCAGAGCAUACUAGAUGUGACAAGUGGUACUCUCAGAAAGAUAACUUAUUCACUCAUCAACAAAAAUGUCUAUCGAAUGAAUUUGAAGAUUUCAGGUGUGAAAGUUCAAAUGAUGAGACUAAGAAGACUUUCUGGAGAGAAUUACCAUCUGUCUCCAGUUUGGAUUUAUUUGGUGCUUCUGAUUCUAAUGUAAAUCAAGAAGAAUUCAGCAGUCCUUAUUUCUACCAAAGAGCUGGAAAAUGUAUAGGACAGAAGAGACACCCUGAAUCUUCAUAUAACUCAGGAGACAAGGAAUCCUUAACAGGUUUUAUGUACUCACAACUACCACAGUUCAAAAAACGACGUCUAGUGUAUGAAAAAGUUCCUGGUAGAGUUGAUGGACAGACUCGGCUGAGGUUUUUUUGAAGAGGGGAAGAGCAUUGCUAGGUAUCAUUUUCUACCCCUUUUGAUGAUAAUCCAAUAGCAAAAUUACUUGCACUUGCUCAUACAUUAAAGAAAAUGCAGUUAUUCAUACAUGUUUCCAGUGUUUCUAUAUUAAACUUUUAUAAUAU